CAACACUUGCAGACCUUAGUACCAACGAUAAUCGCAUUAAUGGAUACAUUAUGGAGAUUUCAGAUACAAUCUAGAUGCGAAUGAGUGUGCUGUCCCACAGCAUCUGUCCUAUAUUUGUUUCGUUUAUGUUAUCUCAUUUAUGUCAAGUUCUUAACUACCCUCGAUUACCUGUUGUUUCCACAGUCGCUCGAUGUCGCCAUCGGCUGAGUACUUUUCCACCUGUUCUUUAUCCCUAUUUCCGCUUGCCUGAUACUCGCUGUUUCUCGGGCCUUACGUGCCAUCGUUAGUCGUAGAGUUACAUUACUUUUAUUUCAACCAGUAGAAUUCAGACUUUGAUGUUGGAGUCA